UGACUGAGCCACCCAGGCGCCCCAUUUUGUAUAUCUUUUGAUGAACCUCAACAUUUCUGUUGAGUAUGCAACCAUGUGUAGAGUUGCUGGGUCAUAGGAUGUUCAUAUGGUCAACUAUAGUAGAUACUGACAUACAGUUGUCCAGAGUGUUUAAACCCGUUUACAUUCCCACAAGCAGUGGGAGUGUUUUAGUUGCUCCACAUUCUUGCUAGUGCUUGGUAUUGUUAGCCACUAUUUUAUAUAAUCCAAACAUGCAGAUGUCUUUUUUCAGUAUUACUGUAAUGAAGUUGCAUGUGUUUCCCAGGGAAAGAGCGUAAUCAGUGGGGGUUUGGAUGCCUUAGAAUUCAUUGGGAAAAAGACAAUGGAUGUAAUAGCAGAAGGGGAUCCUGGAUUUAAAAGAACCAAGGGUCUGAUGAACCGGAAUUCUACAUUGUCACAGGUUUUACGAGAGGCAAAGGAGAAAGAAGAGCUAUGGACCUCCAGUGAGGUUACCUUGGAAACGGACAAGAAAACUAAUUAUGGGCUCCUCUUUGAUGAAUUUCAAGGCCUUUCACAUCUGGAAGCUCUGGAGAUGCUUUCCCAAGAAAGUGAAAUAAAGGUGAAAUCUAUUCUUAAUUCUCUAAGUGGAGAAGAAUUAGAGACUUUAAAACUUGAAUUGGAGCAACUCAAGGAAGCAUUUUCCCUAGCAGAGUUCUGUGAGGAAGAGGAAGAGGAGAAAAAAGGGGAUGAAGACUUUACCAAAGAGAUAACAGAGCUAUUUUCCCAGCUGCAGGUCUCCUCCAAACCUGAGAAACUUGCCAGGGCAAGAAAUACUGCCUACGAAUGGAUCAGUACAUCUCUGGCCAAGCCAUUAGAAGAGAAGGAAGAAGGAGAAAAACAGUUGGAAACAGAAAAAACUGAGAACAUCAGUAAAAAUUCAGUAGAGGAUAUCCAUGCAUUUGCAAUCCGGAGCCUAGCAGAACUGACUGCCUGCUCAAUUGAACUGUUUCACAAAACAGCAGCUCUGGUUCUGCAUGGCCAGAAGCAGGAAGUGACAGCUAUAGAAAGGAGCAGAACUCUUUCCCAGUAAGUAUAAAAGGGUAUC